GAAAGUCCCUCACCCCCCAUCCAGUUUCCGUCGUCGACUCUCCCUCACCGUAUCCUCUCUCUCUCAGACUCACGGCAACAGACGAAAAGGCAACCCCCGACGGCGAAGAGUUAUCCCGAACACUGGGGAUUGAAUCCUUGGCCUCCCACUUGAAGAAUCACCUUGAUGCCAUUGAACCACAAGAUCUUUGGCUAAAAAAAAGGUGGAAUUUGAUUUAGAGAGUGCAGGUUGAAGUUCCUCUAUAUCCACAUUGUCGAUAAAAUGCAUUCGAUGGGAGAAGAAACAAAACAAGCUGGUUUCUCACAUGAAAAAGGGAAGCUUGUGUUGAAUGCAGGUUCUGCAAAUGGUGCGGACUUAGAUGCUCGUGACGGGGCAACGGAAUCAGGUGAUGAAUGUGAUGACGGGUCUAGCGGUAAAAGUGGAGAGGAUUUAUCAGAAGAGGACGUUACACCUUUUAGCUUCCUAGUGGAUGAUGCUGACUAUGAAUCACUUGCCGAGAAAAAGAGAAAAGCUGAUGUGUGUCACCAAGACAAUGGGUCUGUGAAGAAACAAUGGAAGGAGGCAGAGUUUUUAGGUGCUAGCUUCGAGGAAAUCAUGGAAGCUAUGAAUUAUGGGAGUAGGAGGAAAUCGAGGAGGAAGAAGAGGAGAGGAAAGCGUAAAGGUUCUAGAUGCAACGUGGACCCCGAGACCAAGAAGUUGUUAGGCGAGGGUACACUGAGCUAUGCAACAGGGGAUUACGAAAGGGCUUUAAAAUUGCUGAUUGAGUGUAUCAGGCGCAACCCAACACAUGAUGCUUAUCAUACGCUCGGCCUCGUUUACAACGCAAUGGGUGAUAAGAAAAGGGCUAUUUGUAGUUACAUGCUUGCCACACAAAGUGUAAAUAGGCCAAAAGACACAUCUCUCUGGAAGUCACUUCUUUCUUGGUUUUUAGAUCAAGGGAACACUGCUGCUGUCAAUUACUACCUUCCCAAGGCCAUAGCUGCUGACCCCGAUGAUGUCAUGCUUAAAUUCCUCGGUGCAUCACAUUAUACUGAACUUAAAGAGUAUGAGAAAGCCGCCAAGUUAUAUGAACAAAUACAUCACCUUAGUCCCGACCAUUCUGAGGUCUGCAUUGCAGCAGCAGAGUUGUAUAAGCAGUGUGGUAAGGUUGAAUGUUCUCUGGUUGCUCUGGAGAGUUAUCUCAGCCACUACCCGACUGGCGGCGAUCCAAGAAUCAUUUUGAUGCUAGCUAGCAUAUGCAUUGAGAAUGGUGAGUAUUCUCGAGCUCUUCAACAUAUAAAAAGGUAUUUUUCGGGAAGAGAAUCUUUGUUUGAUCUGAUAACAGCUAAGGCGGGAAUUUGCUACCUUUAUCUUGGAGAUUUGGGUAAUGCAAAUGUUAUUUUUGGGACACUCUGCAUUGAGAAAGCGAAUGACUUCGCUGAGUCAAUUAUUGAAAUUGCAGACACGUUUAAGAAGCUUGAGCAUCAUCAAUCAGCUUUGCAUUACUACUUGAUGUUGGAAAGGGAUUUGGGAUCAACCAGUGGGGAUCUAAAUUUGAAAAUAGCUGGAUGUUACUUAUCUUUGGGAAAUUGGGAUGAGGCUAUUUCGUUUUUCUACAAAGCUCUAUCGUUGCUGGAACACAGUGUUGAGACUCGGCUGACCUUAGCUUCCAUGCUUCUUGACAGAGGGAGAGAUGACGAAGUGAUACCCCUUCUUUCCCCUCCGAACCCAGAGUUUGCAUUGAAAACCUCAGGUGAAGAAUGGUGGAAUGAUGUGAAAGUGCAACUCAAGCUUGCCAACAUCUAUCACGCUAAAGAUGUCAUUCGAGAAUUCGUUGAUGUGUUCUAUCCCUUAGCUUACAGAUCUCUAACCUGUGAAGCUCCAAAAACGGGAUCUAAGAAUAAAAAGCUCCCGAAGAGAGUGCUUCUAGAAAGAGUCAAAGUCUUAGAUAAUGACCAACCCGACAAUCUAAUCCAAGGAUUUAAACCCGUGGCUAAUGUAGAAGAUAGAAGAAAGGCUUCCCGAGCAAAGAAGGUCCUUCAGAAGAGAUCUCUAUUAAAAGAAGAGAUGAAAACAAAAUCCCUAGCCGCUGGUAUGGAUUGGAAGAGUGAAGAUUCAGAUUCAGACAAUGAAUUUCGGGUGUCACUGCACAAGAAGAAACCCCGUACGCCCGAACUCCUAAAAGAUGUGGAGAAUCAUCAGCUCUUCGUGGACUUGUCCAAAGGUCUGGCAUCCCUAGGAAGAUACGAAGAGGCAUUUGAUGUUUGCAAAUUGACACUCGCGUUUGCUUCCGACAUAUUAUCUGAAGAAAGGAGGGAUAGCCUAACAAUCAUAGGUGCACAAUUGGCUUGCAAAAUCGAAGACCCGAAGCGCGGUUGUAGGUUUCUGAGGCCUUUCCUUCGUCUUCACCCUUCUAAAAUGGCAGCUUGGAGUUACUACUAUAAAGCACUAUUAAAAGUAGACACCACAAUGUCCACAAACAACAGAUUUCUACAAAACACUCGCGAAGAACAGAAAGAUUGUGUCCCACCCAUCAUCAUUGCAGGGCACCAGUUCGGCGAGAUCUGUCAGUACCAAGUGGCAGCCAGAGAGUAUCUGGAGGCUUACAAAGUUCAGCCCAAUUGCCCACUGAUCAAUCUUUGCAUAGGGACAGCACUGAUAAACUUGGCAUUUGACAUCAGGCUGAAGAGUAAGCAUAAAUGCAUCCUGCAAGGGUUGGCCUUUUUGCACAACAAUUUGAGGCUCUCGGGGAAGAACGAAAGCUGCCAAGAAGCACUGUACAACGUAGCGCGGGCAUACCAACAAGUGGGACUCGUCUCUCUUGCAGCUUCGUAUUACGAAAAGGUGCUAGCGACUCCCGAGAAGGACUGCCCGAUUCCAAGCUUCCCGUAUGAUGAGAUUCAGGGGGCCCACACAACCCAAAAGCCGGCUGGUUAUUGCAACCUUCGCAGGGAAGCAGCUUACAAUCUUCACCUGAUUUACAAGGCAAGUGGAGCAUUUGACCUUGCUAGGCAGCUUUUGCAAGAUUAUUGCACUGUGUAAAGUUUUUUUUAUUUCCUUUGCUGCUCUCUCUAAAUGCUUGUUUUGAAAAUUUUGUGAAUGAUCAUAUGCGAGCAGGUCAUUAU